GGUGGCAGGACACAGUGCAUCCAGGAAGUCUGCCCUAUUCUUUCAUGUCCCCAGCACCUCAGUCACAUACCUGCUGGCUGCCCCAAAUGCUUAGGACAGAGGAAAGUGUUUGACCUCCCAUUUGGAAGCUGCCUCUUUCACAGCAACGUGUAUGAUAAUGGGUCCACAUUUAUGUAUGACAACUGCACAAUAUGUACAUGCAAGGAUUCAACAGUAAUAUGUAAGAAGAGGUGCUUACUUCCUGGCGAAUGCAGUAAAGACAAAGACCACUGCUGCAAGGAAUGUGUCUCGUAUAUCUCUCCUGAAGAAGUGAAAGUGUGCAAGUUCGGCAAUAAGAUCUUCCAGGAUGGAGAGAUGUGGUCCUCUGUGAACUGCACCAUCUGUGCUUGUGUGAAAGGCAAGACAGAGUGUCGCAAGAAACAAUGCAUUCCAGUCAGCAGCUGUCCUCAUGGUAAAAUCCUGAACAGAAAAGGAUGCUGUCCUAUUUGCACUGAAAAGCCUGGAGUUUGCACUGUAUUUGGAGACCCUCACUACAACACUUUUGAUGGACGGACAUUUAACUUUCAGGGAACAUGUCAGUACGUUUUGACGAAAGACUGCUCCUCCUCUGCCUCGCCCUUUCAGGUGCUGGUAAAAAACGAUGCCCGUCGGACCCGUUCUUUCUCCUGGACAAAGUCAGUGGACCUUGUGCUGGGCAGAAACACUAUCAGCCUCCAGCAGCACCUCACAGUGAAGUGGAAUGGGACCCGAAUCUCACUACCUUGCAAGACACCACAAUUUCAGAUCGAUUUGGAUGGUUAUUUGCUGAAAGUGACAACCAAAGCAGGCUUGGAAAUCUCAUGGGAUGGAGACAGUUUUGUGGAAGUCAUGGCUGCACCGCAUCUGAAAGGCAAACUCUGUGGUCUGUGUGGCAAUUACAAUGGGCACAAACGAGACGACCUGAUUGGGGGGGAUGGGAAUUUUAAGUUUGAUGUGGAUGACUUUGCCGAAUCCUGGCGUGUGGAGUCCAAUGAAUUCUGCAGUCGCCCACAGAGAAAACCUGUACCUGAGCUCUGUCAUGGGACAGUCAGGGUGAAACUCCGAGCUCACCGGGAAUGCCAGAAACUCAAAGCGUGGGAGUUUCAGAGCUGUCAUUCAACAGUGGAUUAUACCACAUUUUACCGGUCCUGUGUGACAGACAUGUGCGAGUGUCCAGUCCAUAAAAACUGCUACUGUGAAUCAUUCCUGGCGUACGCCCGAGCCUGUCAGAGGGAAGGGGUGAAAGUCCAGUGGGUGCCUGAACACAACUGUGCAGCAACUCAGUGUAAACACGGUGCAGUUUAUGAUACCUGUGGUCCAGGAUGUGUCAAAACAUGUGACAACUGGAACGAGAUUGGGCCAUGCAACAAACCCUGCAUUGCAGGGUGCCACUGUCCAGCAAAUUUAGUUCUUCACAAAGGAAGAUGCAUCAAGCCAGUCCUGUGCCCACAGCGAUGACAUUAGUUCUCCUUCCGCGGACACUAAUGCGGGUGGUCACUGACCCCAUUGAUGCUCACAGCCAGUGAAGGACUCCAGCUGUUUGUGUGUAGAUUCUGCAAAGAACACAUCUACUCACAGAGUGUAAAUAUGCUCCUGUGUGUGUAUUAUGUCUCUUUAUGUAUACACACAUGGCACCUAGAAAGAUAUAUAAAUGUAUACUGUGUGUAUGCAGAUACACAUAUCCAUACACAAGUGCCCUAAACGUAAGAACAACCCAUAUAUUUAUAUAUAUGUCCACACACAAAUAUACAUAAUUUCUAUAUAUCAUAAAAGGAUGAAUUAUAAUAUGUAUAUUUUUUGCUAUAAAGUUUAUGUAUUAUUAUUUCUAGGACCCUGAUCUGUAAGUCAUUGUAUAAAUAAACCAGGUGUUUUUAAUAUAAUAUAGUGGCAUGAAAAGAUUGGAUGACUUUGCCAUUGCAUAAGUUUGUCGUUUCCAAGGAAACUUUUCUAGGGCCAAGGACUGCCAGACUGGAUUAGUUUCAACACAGAACCUGGAUUUACAGUUGUACAGGAAACACAUUUCUCUGGAGAUGGAGGAUUUAUCUAGGAAUAUUUCAUGCGUACCUUAGAGCUGCAUAGUGAUUGGUGACAGUGCUUAAUCAGGCAGAGAAAGCAGGGGAUUGGCUUUUAUGCAUUACUGAAAUAACUGUGCAAAAUGAUUUCCAAAGCUGGUUGGACAGCUGCCAGCAUAGAGAUAUUUCUUUCUGGAAUGGCA